GACAGGGGGGGUCAAAGAGAAAGGGAAAGGAGCAAGCUAGGAAGCUGGAUUACAACAAGAACAUCGGGAUCAGGCUGUUUCCGUGUGUGAGGAACUUUGCCUGGGAGAUAAAAUUAGACCUAGAGCUUGCCGAAGCCUGGGACAUGGACCAUUCACUGGGAUGGCAAAGCAGUUCUGUCCCUGAGGACAGGACUGAAGCUGGGAUCAAGCGCUUCCUGGAGGACACCGAUGACACAGAACUGAACAAGUUCGUGAAGGAUUUCCCAGGAAGCGAGAGCUGCCACCAACCAGAGGCCAAGACCUGGGGGUCCAAGCCCCAAGUCCUGGAGCCAAGGCCCCAGGCCCCGGACCUCUACCAGGAUGACCUGGAGUUCAGAACCCCCUCGUGGUCCCAGGCCUCUGACAGCCAGCAGUGCUUCUCUGCCUCUGCCCCUCUCAGCCCCUCAGCCCGGCCCCGCAGCCCCUGGGGCAAGCUUGAUCCCUAUGACUCCUCUGAGGUAGAACCUCCAGCCCUUGGCCUUCGGUGGGCUGGUGCAGGAAGACCCAGGGAGGGAGCAGAGAGAUCCCGAGUGUAUGAUGACAAGGAAUAUGUGGGUUUUGCGACCCUACCCAAUCAAGUUCACCGGAAGUCUGUGAAGAAGGGCUUUGACUUUACCCUCAUGGUGGCAGGAGAGUCUGGCCUGGGGAAAUCCACUCUUGUCAAUAGCCUCUUCCUCACCGAUCUGUACCGGGACCGGAAACUCCUCAGCGCUGAAGAGCGGAUCAUGCAAACUGUGGAGAUCACUAAACAUGCAGUGGAUAUAGAAGAGAAGGGUGUGAGGCUGCGGCUCACCAUUGUGGACACACCGGGUUUUGGGGAUGCAGUCAACAACACAGAGUGCUGGAAGCCUGUGGCAGAAUACAUCGACCAGCAGUUCGAGCAGUAUUUCCGAGAUGAGAGCGGCCUGAACCGCAAGAACAUCCAAGACAACAGGGUGCACUGCUGCCUGUACUUCAUCUCACCCUUUGGCCACGGGCUCCGGCCGCUGGAUGUUGAAUUCAUGAAGGCCCUGCAUCAGCGGGUCAACAUCGUGCCUAUCUUGGCCAAGGCGGACACAUUGACACCUCCUGAAGUGGAGCGCAAGAAACGCAAAAUCCGAGAGGAGAUUGAGCGCUUUGGAAUCAAGGUCUAUCAGUUCCCAGACUGUGACUCUGAUGAGGAUGAGGACUUCAAAUUACAGGACCAAGCCCUAAAGGAAAGCAUCCCAUUUGCUGUAAUUGGCAGCAACACUGUGGUAGAGGCCAGAGGGCGGCGAGUUCGGGGCCGGCUCUACCCCUGGGGCAUCGUGGAAGUGGAAAACCCAGGACACUGCGACUUUGUGAAGCUGAGGACAAUGCUGGUGCGUACUCACAUGCAGGACCUGAAGGAUGUGACGCGGGAGACACAUUAUGAGAACUACAGGGCACAGUGCAUCCAGAGCAUGACCCGCCUGGUGGUGAAAGAAAGGAAUCGCAACAAACUGACUCGAGAGAGUGGUACCGACUUUCCCAUCCCUGCUGUCCCACCAGGGACACAUCCAGAAACGGAGAGGCUGAUCCGAGAGAAAGAUGAGGAGCUGCGGCGGAUGCAGGAGAUGCUGCACAAAAUCCAAAGACAGAUGGAAGAGACCCAUUAGCUGGCUUUGAAUCCUGGAUAUUUAAAUCUCCUCGUCCUGCCCAUGCCAGCCCCUCCCAGCACCAGUUCUGCUCAGGCCCCUGCAGCUACUGCCACUUCGCCUUACAUCCCUGCUGCCUCCCCAGAGACUCAGAGGAAAUAAAGUUUAACAAGUCUA